UUCGUCUGAUAACUAAAAAUGGACAAGAGCGAGUGUGCGCUUUGCUACCGGCGGCGUGACAUCUUCUCCUGCGCGAACUGCACGUCAGCCAUGCUGCAACAGCGUCGCACGAUGCUAUCCGCGCUGCAGGCGGACGUGGCGGUGCUACGCAAAAAGACUGAGUGUGCGCUGAACACGAAAAGUGCGCUGGUGGAAACGGAACUGCGUCUUGACAGAUGCAUGAAGCAGGUGGAGCAGCUGGCCGAGAGGGUCAUGAAGACGCGCGAGCAACUCUGUUCCGAGCGGAUCGCGGUCGUGGAACGGGCCUCUAAACUGGAAGAGCGAACUAUGCAGAUGGCGGAGGCGCAGCACAAGCUGCAGCAGGAGAAUGAAAGAGCCGAAAGCCUCCAUGUUCCCAUUCUCGAAUGUCUCGACUACCAAGUUCAAUGGGCGGACGAGAAUGCUGCAAAAGUACGGGGUGAUAAACUUCGAGAACUGUUCGCAUUGUUUGGCUUGACUCCGAAGGACGAGAGAAAUGUGGAUGAGGGUGAAGAUGAGGACGACCCGUUGAGUGGGUUACCUGACGAACGCGAGGGUGUUUCGGAGGAACAAAGACAACGGAAAGCACGGACGAGCGGUCCUGUGUACUUUGGCAGCCUGGGUGCGCAGAGCCAGCCCGACACACCUCGACUCCACGAUUGCCCCCACGAAAUCAGUACACGCUCCAGAGGCGAACAGUGA